CGUUACUUUUCGCUCUUUCCUAACGACUUCCUUUCAACAACCACUUCUUAUUCCGACGAUUUCGGUCAAGAAAAGGUUCAUCAUACCCUCCUCACCAACUCAUAAAACAUCUCUUAACUAAAUUUCCCCUUUUUUCUCAAAUGCCUGUUUGCCGACCUCGACCCCAUGACAAACCCCCUCGUCUUCUCCUUGCGACGCGCUGAUUACGACUCCCGAUCAUCGCCAUAUCUCUUCUAUAACCUUUUCGAACAUUAAAGAAACCAUGGCACCGAGCCCGAGAACACCGCGGCAAUCCGCUCUCGCCCGCCCACGCGGCCGACCGAGAGGCUCUGUUAACACUGUGCGACGCGUUAGAGACGGCAGCAUCGUCGCGGCUACCGAGCCCCCUCCCAAGCGCCGCCGAUACGCAGCUAUAAACUCUGGAAGUGUGAGCAGGUUCAAUGAUGCAAUCGGCAAUGGACCAGGUGACGCUGCUCCUGCGACUACUGGUCGCUCGAGAAAGCGACACAGUGCGAUUUCCCCCACCGGUUACCCUAGACGCGAACGCAGUACUCGUACCCGCACUGCUACCCGAGUCGAAGCUGGAGAUGAAAUGCAAAUAAGCUCUGCUGCUGCUGUAGCUGCCGCGGUCGUGCACAGUGAAGGAUACAAGCCUAGAGAAGAACGUGGUUGGGAAGAGUUCCACCCAAACCUCGAUAUAGAUGCUACGUUUAUGUUGUUCCACGCCGAAGACGUGGACGGAACUGCCAAACCAGCACUAGACACGACUGUCUCCGGCCUUGCUACUGUGGAUAAUACCGAAUCUGGCGGUCCUUCGACGGACCCGAAAGUAGUGUCCAACCCCUUCUUAAACCCCCCAAAUACUGUCACGAACAACCCAGUGGCUCCUAGUACACUUGCCAUCACACCAUCUAGGAGACGUGGUGGCCGACUACCACGAGGAGAAUCACUAUACGCUACUCGCGGGGAACAGCAAGUGGCACCAAACACUCCCACUCCUCUCCCCAUUCAUGGCCAGAAUAACAAGGAGAAACUCGAUCUUAAGCAUCCUUCUUAUCGAAAGACAGACCGCAUCUUGCUCUUUGAGAGCAAAACAUUUGGUCAGGCUCGAUACGUUGACAAAUCUAUGAUGAAUGUUGGAUAUCAAGAGAGCGACAACUUUAUUCGCCCAGAGCGAAGACUGAUCAAGGCCAGCGAUACCAACAUUGAAGAUGAAGCUGAACAGGCUGCCGUCGUCAAGGCUGAUGUGGAUUCGGUACCUCAGCCAACCCAUAAUCUAAGCCGUGUCGAGUACGACAUGGACGAACAGGAUGACAUGUGGCUAGAAUCGUACAAUGCGCAUCGAAAGUCACAGGGCUGGAACCCAGUCACUCGUGAAAUCUUCGAAAUCAUCAUCACUAGAAUUGAAAAGGAGUGGCAUGCGCUAGAGAAGAGAAUCCCGAAGCCUAACCCGAAGCCACCACAGACCCAUCGUCCUCGAUCAAGCUCCGCUGCAGCAGUUAAUGGCGAGCCGCAGGCUGGAGAAGAGCAGGAUAGUAAAUGCGCGAUUUGCGAUGACGGCGAUUGCGAGAACACGAACGCAAUUGUUUUUUGCGAUGGAUGCGAUCUUGCGGUCCACCAAGAGUGUUAUGGUGUUCCAUAUAUUCCGGAGGGUCAAUGGUUAUGCAGGAAAUGUCAGCUUAUUGGUCGUGGCUUUCCGACUUGUAUCUUCUGCCCUAAUUCCGAUGGGGCCUUCAAACAGACGAAUUCUUCCAAAUGGGCGCAUUUGCUCUGUGCUAUGUGGAUUCCAGAGGUGACACUGGGCAAUCACACCUUUAUGGAACCCGUCAUGGACGUGGAUAAGGUCCCGAAGAGCCGCUGGAAGUUGACCUGUUACAUUUGCAACCAACAGAUGGGUGCCUGCAUACAAUGCGGUAAUAAGGCAUGUUAUCAGGCAUUCCAUGUCACCUGUGCCCGCCGCGCCCGGCUAUUCUUGAAAAUGAAGAAUAGCUCGGGCGCUUUAGACGUGCUUGACGGCAGCACCAACCUCAAGGCGCUUUGUGAUAAGCAUUGCCCUUCCGAGUAUGCAAAGGAGAAUGACGUAGUUCGCGCUACCAAGCGGGCCAAGAAGUUUUACAGGAAGACGAUGAAGGGGCGUAUCUGGGCUAAUAGCCGCGCCAAAGCCAUGUCUCUUGCUGCAUCCCAUCGCAAUGCUAUCACUGAACACCCGCCCGACGAAUCGCAAAUGACGGGUGCGAAGAUGUCUGCCGUACUGGGAGCUAAAAAGGGACAAGCAGGAAAAUCCAUAUGGAAACUACCUUCCGGAGCUCCUGUAAUACCACAAGCGGUGUUCGAAAUUGUGGAAGCAUCGCUACAGCGCUUCACUUUUCUCAAGCGUAAGGAGUUUGUUAGUGACGCUUGCCGUUACUGGACAUUGAAGCGCGAAAUGCGUCGUGGCGCCGCGCUUCUUAAACGCUUGCAACUGCAGAUGGAGACUUUUUCCUCUAUGGAACUCACUCGACGCAACUUUGCAGCCAUGGGCCCUUCAGGCAAAGCUCGCUUGUCGAGACGAAUCGAAUUUUCCGAGACCUUGAUCAAAGACAUAGAGCAGCUCAAGGUCUUGUCGGAGCAAUUGGUCCAACGAGAGAAAAGAAAGCUCGAAGCUGCCGAGAUAGAACAAGAAUUCGUCGACACAUGCUACUUCCCUAUACACAAAAUGCUCCCACCAAUCGUGGAGAAAGCCAUAACGCUGGAUAAAAAUCUAUUCCACGACGGGCUUCUAAAAUUAUCAAACAGAAUCGAUGAGCGUUUCUACAUUACCACCCUAACCUUUGCUCACGAUCUCUGCGACGUGAUCAAUGUCGGUGUUAACACUGAGCCUAAGUCUUUACCUGAUGCUCAGCAAAAAGUCGGUCUAGUUGCUCCCGCGAUAUCUAAAUCCGACUUCUCAGAUUACCGCGACCGGAAAAAGCUUGGCAAACGAAUACUUAAGUCAGUUCAGCCCCAGCUAGAGACAGCGCUACGCCUCGAGUCUGAAGCUGCUCAUAAGCCCUUCGAGGCCAUGAAACUACAACUAGAGUCCAUGAUGGAAGCGAGCCUUGAAUUACGCCAGCAAACUGCUGGCCAAGGAAAUGUCGAAUCCGAACAAAGUCAGGACGUCAUCAUGGUAGACUCAGCCGCUGCAGAGAUCACUGUUGGUGGCCCAGCCGAUGGUAUAGCCAUUACAGAAGAGGCCUCUGGUGAUCUUCCCAUGGCCGAAGCUGGCGGUAGCGGUAAUAUCGAGGUCAACACGUCUGGAUUCGAAGUGGCUGAUGAGAUGGAAGGGGUUCAGGCGUCUACCAAUAUUAUAUCCAGCCGGGAAACAACACAAAUAGUGAUAACCAAAUCGGAGCCCAUGCCAGGCGAUAGCAUGCAAUCGAUAGAUACCCCACCGGCAAUGAAUGGCUAUGUGGGCGCAGCACCUUCAUUACAACCCGCUCCUCCUACCCCUCCACAGUCCAACGGUAGCUUGGGACACCAACCGAAUGACCCCCUCACCGACGGUGGCGUCGUGUGGUACUUGCAAGAUUUCGAACCCGAGGGAACUUCAGCGAUCCAGGAGCAAUGGCAAGGAAGAGAUGCCGUCCGCAGCCUUAGUGAGGAGCUUACUGAGAUCGAUGAUGAUGAACUCAAGGGACUCGGGGUCGAAAUCAACGAAGAUAGUAUCACGGCCUCACCCGCUAAUACCACCGAAACCGUGGAACCGGCUGCUACCGCCGCCCCCGCCACGGUCAGUCCUACUAAGAAGAGCGGUACCAAGGCAAAAAGGCGUAAGGCGCCUUACCGCCGACGCUAGAUAAUACCCGAAUACCCCUAAUAUUGUACCAAUAAGCACGAUUGGGUUUGCCCCGCCUCUAAUAUUUACUCAUUUUCUCCUUUAAACUGUAU